AUGAGCGACGCGGCGCCACGAGAGGCCACCAACUCAGAAGGCCCGUCAUCCAAGAAAUCGAGAGCCGAAAACGCGGUCGAGCCGCACAUCCUCGCGAAAUACCACCCGGAUCUUAUCGACUAUGUCCAGAAAAUGAUCGCAUCCGGCGCAGCGCAACACGAGGUCCCGAUCGAGGAACUCCGGGCGAACCCCUCCAAGUACGCGCCGCCGUGGAGCAAGGACGUCACGGGCUGGGAGAGGGUCGCCGACGACGAGGUCGUUUCGGAGGACGGGGCUAAGGUUCCGGUCAAGAUCUACCAUCCGGAUCCCUCACGGUUCGGGGAUGGUCCUUAUGGUGCCCACUUGAACUUUCAUGGGGGUGGGUUUGUCCUUGGUGACUUGACCACGGAGUCACAGUUAUGCCUGAGCAUGAGAGAUGGUGCUGGAGUUGUAGUGAUUGACGUAAACUAUCGCCAUUGCCCGGAGACGUUCUGGGGCCAGUGUAUACAAGACGCUUGGGCGGCACUGAAAUGGACUCGAGACUCGGCAAGUAGGUUGAAUAUCAACCCCAACUCGGUCUCCAUUGGCGGCAUCUCAGCCGGCGGCCACAUCUCCAUCAUACUGCAGCAUCUGGCCAGAGAUGGCGGUAUACCACUGAAGCUCUGUCUGGCCACGGUGCCCCCGUCGACUGCGGGAUUGCAAUACGAAGACUACACCGAGUCGCCGUUCCCGUCCUUCUCGGAGUUCGCACACGGUCCAAUCCUCCCGUGGAAGCGCAUCCACUUCUUCGGUAAACAUUGUUUCCCCAGAGACAAGCUUGAGGAGUACCGGAAUGCGUGGCCGAAUUGGUGGUUCGCGCCUCUGGAUGCCGAUAACUGGAGUGGCCUGUGUCCGACCUUCAUCAGGACGGCCGAGUGCGACCCCCUGCGAGACGAGGGCGAGGCGUAUGGGCUGCAGCUUGUGUCUGGGGGGACCAAGGUCUGCUUUAAGCGCUACCUGGGGUGUCCGCAUCUGUUCAUGUACUUCGACUGGUUCGCGGUGAAGAAGCAGUACGAUUUGGAUUCCAUUGCGGCGCUGAGGGAAGCACAUGGGACACGUUGA